UGCGCCUUGAACGCGGCACCACGUUUCUACGUCACUGCGUCCCUCCCCACCCCAGCCCUUCUUCUCUGUCUGCGUGCACGGCUUCAUCCUCGAAUCACAGACAUCAUGGCGUCCUUAUCAAUGGCACCGAUGAACAUCUUCAGACAAGGAGCCGAUGAGGAAAAAGCAGAAACUGCACGAAUGUCGUCCUUCAUUGGCGCCAUCGCCAUCGGGGAUCUGGUGAAGAGCACCCUGGGGCCCAAGGGAAUGGAUAAGAUCUUACUCGGAGGAGGGAAAGGCGCCUCGGUGACGGUGACCAACGACGGGGCGACCAUCCUGAAAGCCAUCGGGGUCGACAACCCCGCCGCCAAAGUCCUGGUUGACAUGUCGAAGGUUCAGGACGAUGAGGUCGGCGACGGGACGACAUCGGUCACCGUGCUCGCCGCCGAGCUGCUGAGGGAAGCCGAGCUGCUCAUCGCCAAGAAGAUUCACCCUCAGACCAUCAUCGCCGGCUGGCGGAAGGCCACGCAGACGGCCAGAGACGCUCUGAGGGAGGCGGCCGUGGACCACAGCAACGACCCGGCCCGCUUCCAGGAGGACCUGCUGAACAUCGCCAGGACGACGCUGUCCUCCAAGCUGCUGACGCACCACAAGGACCACUUCUCCCAGCUGGCCGUGGACGCCGUCAUGAGGCUCAAGGGCUCGGGCAACCUGGAGGCCAUCCACAUCAUCAAGAAGCUGGGGGGCAGCCUCACCGACUCGUACCUGGACGAAGGGUUCCUGUUGGACAAGAAGAUCGGAGUCAACCAGCCGAAGAGGCUGGAGAACGUGAAGAUCCUCAUCGCCAACACCGGCAUGGACACCGACAAGAUCAAGAUCUUUGGCUCCAGAGUUCGUGUCGAUUCCACGGCGAAGGUUGCAGAGAUUGAAAUGGCGGAGAAGGAGAAGAUGAAGGAGAAGGUCGACCGGAUCCUGAAGCACGGCAUCAACUGCUUCAUCAACCGGCAACUGAUCUACAACUACCCGGAGCAGCUGUUCGCUCAGGCCGGCGUCAUGGCCAUCGAACACGCAGACUUCGCUGGCGUCGAGCGCCUUGCCCUGGUCACUGGAGGAGAGAUCAGCUCCACCUUCGACCACCCGGAGAUGGUGAAGCUGGGCCACUGCAAGCUGAUCGAGGAGGUGAUGAUCGGGGAGGACCUGCUCAUCCACUUCUCCGGGGUCGCCAUGGGCGAGGCGUGCACCAUCGUCCUGCGCGGAGCCACUCAGCAGAUCCUGGACGAGGCGGAGCGCUCGCUGCACGACGCGCUGUGCGUGCUCGCUCAGACGGUGAAGGAGCCGCGCACCGUGUAUGGAGGAGGCUGCUCAGAGAUGCUGAUGGCCAAGGUGGUGAGCGACCUGGCCAACAGGACGCCGGGCAAGGAGGCGGUCGCCAUGGAGUCGUUCGCUAAGGCGCUCAUGAUGCUGCCGACGAUCAUCGCCGACAACGCCGGCUACGACAGCGCCGACCUGGUGGCUCAGCUGAGAGCCGCUCACCAGGAGAACAAGAGCAGCUGGGGCCUGAACAUGUCGGACGGCGCGGUGGGCAACAUGGCGGAGCUGGGCAUCACCGAGUCCUUCAUGGUGAAGCGCCAGGUGCUGCUGAGCGCCUCCGAGGCCGCAGAGAUGAUCCUCCGAGUCGACAACAUCAUCAAAUCUGCUCCCAGGAAGAGGGUUCCCGACCACCACCCCUGCUAGAGGACGACGACCUUGUUGGAACUAAAGAAACGCUCUGCUGUUUGUUCUUUCUCUGUAACACUCUCAGAAACUCGUUGUUUGUUUUGUUUACUGAAAAUAAAAUAAAAUCAGAAUCCGCUUUA